GCGUGUUGGAGAUUGUUUUUUAAGGAGCGGCACAUUGAGCUGGUUUGCCGUGGUGCAGUUAGCGCGCGUUACACAAGGGCGUGAAGCGAUAGCGCGUGCGGCCAUGUUGCGGUGCGCCAGCAGAUGGUUGUGGUACCCGUACAAGGACGUGAAGAGCAAAACGAUCCUUGAGAAGAUGGCUAAGGCGAAGCUCAAGGCCGGGAUGGAUCCGUCCGACGUCGACAUGCAGGAGCUGGCGAGAGAGAGCGGUCUGGCGCCGUCGAACACCGCAGACAUUCAACACUUUGUGCAGGGCAAAGAGACUGUUGUGGCCAUGUUGCAGGAGCAGCGGCUGCGGCGGAUUGCGCGCCGUGAGGCGUUCCUGGAGUGGCAGGCGGGUCAGCGGGAGAAAGGUGCCGCACACCGUCUUCUCCGACAGGCUCGAAAGGCAGAAAAGUACAAGCAACGCCACUACCACGCAACCAGCGGACGAAUGGUGCCGGUGCUGCCGGCACGGCACGAGGCAUUAGACGCGGCACAACUCCUCAGCUCUCACAGACACGUGCUGAAUUCAAAAGUUGUGGACAAGGCUGAUUCACAGAAAUGGGAGAGACUGCACCUCACCCUUGGCAAGAAGUAA